AUGCUGAACGAGGAAAGCAAAGUCGAGAGGGAAAAUGUGCAGAAGAGGACCUUUACACGAUGGGUAAAUCUACAUCUAGAGAAGUGCAACCCACCUCUAGAAGUUAAAGAUUUAUUCAUUGAUAUACAAGAUGGCAAAAUCCUAAUGGCUUUGUUAGAAGUCCUGUCUGGGCGAAAUCUGUUGCACGAAUACAAAUCCUCAUCCCAUCGUAUUUUCCGGUUGAACAACAUAGCGAAAGCACUUAAGUUUUUGGAAGAUAGCAAUGUAAAACUGGUUAGCAUCGACGCAGCAGAAAUAGCAGAUGGCAACCCCUCUUUGGUUCUUGGGCUGAUAUGGAACAUAAUCCUCUUCUUCCAGAUUAAGGAGCUCACGGGCAAUCUCAGCAGGAAGUCUCCAUCUUCCAGCCUGUCACCUGGCUCGGGGGGCACGGACUCAGACUCUUCCUUCCCGCCCACACCCACCGCAGAGAGGAGCCUGGCGAUAUCCGUGAAAGAUCAGAGGAAGGCUAUCCGGACCCUGCUGGCAUGGGUGCAGAGGAAGACAAGAAAGUAUGGUGUGGCGGUGCAGGACUUUGCGGGCAGCUGGAGAAGUGGGAUGGCCUUCCUGGCCGUGAUCAAGGCCAUCGACCCCAGCCUGGUUGACAUGAAGCAGGCCCUGGAAGACUCCAUGCGGGAGAACCUAGAGAAGGCUUUCAGCAUCGCGCACGAGGCCCUUCACAUCCCCAGGCUCCUGGAGCCGGAAGACAUCAUGGUUGACACGCCAGAUGAGCAGUCUAUCGUGACUUACGUGGCACAGUUUCUGGAACAUUUCCCGGAGUUGGAAGCCGAGGAUUUCAUGGAUUCCGAUAAAGAAGCCCCUAUCGAAUCCACCUUUGUCCGCAUCAAAGAAACUCCUUCUGAACAGGAGAGCACAGUCUUCCUUCUGACUGAAAACGGGGAGCGGGCCUACACCAUUAACCAUGAAGCCAGCCAACCACCACCCUCCAAAGUCUUUGUCUGUGACAAGCCCGAGAGUAUGAAAGAAUGCUUCCCCAGUGGUGUGUCCAGCUAUGCACUGUCAGACAGCUCCACUGAAUUCACGCACCAGAUCGUCGACCAGGCCCUCCAAGGGGUCCCAGGUAAGGCCAGCAGCGCCAACGACCCAUCUCCAGAAUCUUCCAUUUUAUCAUCCAAAACGGACAGCCGGAGGUCCAACUCUUUGCCAAUCAAGAAAACUGUGCACUUUGAGGCUGACACCUACAAGGACGCUUCCUGCAGUAAGGACCCUUUCUACAGCCAAGACCUUCGCUUUGAAGGGAGCCCGAGAGGGACAAAGGACUCAUUGCUGAAGCAGGGUGGGUACAGCCUGGCAAUUGAGACUGCCGAGGAAAAGCCGAAACAGGAGGCUCCAAAGAUUUCAGAAGCAGCCUCUGAUGAGUCCCCAGGUGACAUCUCUUUGGUGGAAGGUAAGAUCAAUCAUUCACAGACUGCCCAGGGUUCUCCCUCCUGGAACGGGGAGCCGGAGGGUGCAGCCAGCCCCGGGGAGGAGAGUCGUCCCCUUUCACAUCUCGGGGACAACACUGUUAUGGCCGAUUCCUUGGAGAUCAAGGUCGAGCUGCUGACCGUAGAAGCUAUGGGUAAGGAAGACUAUUUUGAAGGCAUUCCUUUAAAGGCCUCUAAAUUUAGCAACGACCUAAUCGAUUUUGCCUCGACCAGCCAGACUUUCAAGGAGGUUCCUUCGCCUCAUGAGAAAAAACCAGUGGAGGAUGAGGUUUUGGAGGAUCAGGCUGAGAAACCGGGGAAGAGGAGAAGUAAAUCGGCGCACCAGAGGAAAGAUUCGGAUGAGUCCCCAGAGAGGCCCAACAAGCUUGAACCUCACAAGGACCCCAGGCAAGAAGACCACGGCUAUUCUCUGGCUCCAGGGCAGGCGCCUGCGGAUAAGAAGCCAGAGGUGUACGAGAAGCCCAAGCGUAAGUCCGCGCACUGCCAUCGGGGCGAGGACAAAGGGGAGCCUGCGGGGCCACAGGGGCCGGAAGGAGAGGUGCCCUCUGAGCCGCCGAGCAACAGCGUCAGCCUGGAGACCCUGCGCAGUCGCAGUGAGGAGGGCCUGGACUUCAGGCCCUCCCCGCCGCUGUCCAAGGUCUCUGUCAUUCCCCACGACCUAUUCUACUACCCGCACUACGAGGUGCCCCUGGCUGAGGUUUUGGAGGCUUAUGCGGAGGGCGCAGAGGAUUUGAAAAACGAAGCCCUGGAUCUUGAGGAGCCGGAGGGCUAUCUGCGUGAUGUGGGGGCCAGGGACGAAGCCGAGGAGGUCAAGGUGUCUUGGAGCACCUGCAGCUUCUCGGGGCUGGGCGAGGACGUCCCCGAGGCCAGCGACCCUGCGGCGCCUUGUCCCGAGGGGCGUGCGGAGAAUGCCAGACCAGCCUUGGAACCCACUGACCCAUCCCCACCAGAGGACCACCAGCAAGGGGAGGCCGCAGACAGUUCCUCUGUGGAGAGCCAGCAGUCCCAGGAAUUCGGAAACUUGGGAAACUUAGCAAACUCUUUAGAAGAAAAGAUAAUGGGAGAAUCAAUCAGCAGUAAAAAAAAGGAGAAAAGGAAGCAUGUGGACCACGUAGGAAGUUCAAUAUUUAUAGCACCCGGCACCAUCCGAUCCUCAGAUGACCUAGAAGAAGACACUGGUGACCACAAAGUCCUCUCCAGGACUAGUCACAGUGACUCCAGCAUUUACAUUCGACGACAUACUAACAGGUCUUUGGAAUCGGAUCAUUUUAGCUAUGUUCAAUUGAGGAACGCAGCAGAUCUGGAUGACAGAAGAAACCGAACGUUAACCAGGAAGGCCAACAACUCUGGUGAAGCCAUGUUGCUGGAGAGCCAGAGCCCCCAGAGCGACUCUCUGACACAGUUUGUCCAGCAGCCGGAUAUGAUGUAUUUUAUUCUCUUCCUCUGGCUCCUGGUUUACUGCCUGUUGCUGUUCCCGCAGCUGGACGUCAACAGACUCUGAGGCGCGUGUCUGCAUAAUAAAAACGACAGGCCCUUGA